AUGGCGGUCCUCUCCAAGGCCGCGAUUCACGGCGCCGGCCUCGGGAACGUCGGGAGUGUUGUCUCUUGGAGCUAUAGCGAGGACGAUUGGGAAGAGUACGAUCCCGAGACCGAAGAAGCUUAUAACGAGUACGGCGAUAGCGAGGGCAGCGGUGGGGAGUCGCCGGGGCGAGGCGGCGCCAGGCGGCCGCGCGAGCCGGAGCUGUACGACGCGAUUCGGCAUCCCCUCAGUGAAGUGCUCGACGCGGUUCGCGAGAAGCUCGAGCGUCGCGCGCUAAUUCUCGGCGGAGGGGGAGGGCGUGCGCAGGGCGGGAUGGAGCGGGUGAAGCUGCUGGUGCGGCUGGGGAAGCUUCUUUUUUCCGUGCAAGGCAGGCCGGAUCCCAGCGCUACUCUGGCCAACAUCCCUCCGUUCUCAGCCAAGAAGUUUGAAGACCACAUGAACGAGCGUGCGCCGUUCGCAAAGCCAGUGUGCCGAACCUAUGAGAGCCACCUGCCGGAGACUGCAUACCAGCAGGUGGAGGACAUGCUGCUGGAGGAUGGGCAGGUGGCGCACUCGCUGGGGGAGAAGUACAACAUUCAGGUCGGUGAUUCUGGACAUAUGAGCCACCUCGAGGAGAGUGCAUACCAGCAAAUGGAGGAUAUGCUGCUGGGGGAUGGGCAGGUGGCGCACUCACUGGGGGAGAAAUACGUCAUUUACGUGAAGAAGCCGCCUGUUCGCCAUGCGCUAUUCGACAUUGCACGCCCAGACAGGGUUGUGGAUGCUCGCUUGAUCCUCAUCACCGAGACGCAUCUGUCAACGCUAGAUGAUGAGCUGCAAGUGGCACUUGACAGGAUUCUCGACGCCACCGAAAUUGACCAUCACAGUCCUGGAGGGCUGCGCAUUCCAGCUCACAUGACUGAAUCCCAUGGAAGCAGGGGCUAUGGUGGUGGUGCUGGCAUGGGCUAUGCCAGUACUAGGGGCUAUGGUGGUGGUGGUGUUGGGGGUGGGAGCAGCAGGUUCGUAGUGCGAGCGGUGCGGCACGCGACAACGAGGCGGGCAGAGGGGAGAGGACGGGUGUGGAAGCUGGCUCGUGUGGAUGGGGUUGAGUUCAAGGAGGGAGGCGGGCGGCGGACCAAUGAGAUUGAGCUCUGCCCGGUUGCAUGGCAGCAGCAGCUCAAGGGUGGCCACGAUGGGCAUGGCAGUCCCAGGGGGCAGCAGCCCCCUGCGUGGACCACAGAGGAGAUCAUGGCGGAGUGCCCUGGGUUGUUGUCGUGGCUGAGCAACGAGGAGAGCGGAAAUCUUGCAGGUUUGAAUGGGGAGACCUGCGAGAAUAGCAGGGGGAACGAGGAGAGUCCAGAAGAGGCCCCACUUAUCAAUGAGAUUCGCAAUCCUCUGACUGGUUCUUUGAAUCUGGUUCGAGAGAGAAUUGAGCAGCGUGCUCUGGAGGUGGGAGGUGCUGGUGAUUGUGGCGAGAUCGAGAAGGUGAAGCUCCUGGUUCGGCUCGGCAAAUUGCUAUUCUCAGUUCAGCACAGGCCCGGGGAGUCGCUGUCCAGGCUUCCAUCCUUCUCUGCUCAAACGCUGGAAAACCACAUGAACAAGCGAGCACGGUUCAAGGUCCCAAUUCACCGGACCUUUGAGACGCACGUUCCUGACAGCAUCUACAGCAAACUGGAAGAUAUGCUCAUAAAGGAUGCUGGUGAGGCAUGCCAGACGGCUGCUCUGAACACAUCUAGUAAGAAGUACAACAUUCAGGUGAUUGAUUCCGAGGCACGCAUUCGUUAUAAGGUGGUGUGUAGAUAUCUUGCAGAGGAGCGACAAUUUCAUGUGAAAAAGGUGAAGAAGCUACCUCUGCGUUACGCAGUAAUUGACAUAGCACGGCCUGAGAAGGACGUGGAUGCUCGCCUGAUUCUGUUCACAGAAACACACUUGAAUACGCUGGACGAUGAGCUAGACGCUGCAAUAAAGAGGAUUCCGGAUUUUUCACAAAUUGAUUCAUGGACACCAGGAGGACUGCACAUUCCAGCUCACAUGACUGAAGGCUAUGAUUCUUCAUCCCUUGCUUAUAGUGGCAGCGGGUGUGAUGGCGUCAGUAGGGGGUUUGGAGAGAUCAGCGGGCAGAGCGACCGAAGCAGAAGGUUCCAAGUGUGUGCGGUUCGGCAUGUGACUAUACGGAAGGCAGUGGUGGGUGGGAGAGUGUGGAAGUUUGCACGAGUGGAUGGGAUCGAGUACAAGCAGGGAGGCGGGCGGCGGACGAAUGAGAUUGAGUUUUGCCCGGUUGCAUGGCAGCACGAGCUCAAGUGUGCCACGGGAGUGCCUGGGAGCGGCAGGGAGCAGCAGCCCCCCUCGUGGAGCACUGUGGACAUCAUGGCGGACCCCGGGAGCGGCAGUGUUCGAGGCAAGGCACUGGGGUCAUCAUGGAGGAGUGCCCUGAGAUGUUGCCUGACUCCUCCUGGGAAGGUGGCGAUGGGGGAUGAAGAGGAGGCGGGGGACGAGGACCAACCGCAGUGCCGCAUCUGCCUUGAAAGUGACGGUGACGACCUCAUCGCGCCCUGCAAAUGCAAGGGCUCGGCGCGUUUUGUGCACCGUUCGUGUCUGGACCAAUGGCGGGCCACCAAGGAGGGCUUCGCCUUCUGCCACUGCUCCACGUGCAAGACGCGCUUCCACCUGCGCGUUUGCCCGCCACCCGACCCGCGAUUCCGCCAUCUCAAGUUCAGAUUCUUUGUCGCGAGGGAUAUUGUGCUCGUGACGCUGCUGGUGCAGCUGCUGAUUAUCUGUUUGGCCUGCGCUGUAUACUUAGCGGAUUACUGUUUUUUCGACAUGGGGAUUCAAAAAGCAUGGGGCCAAGACGCACCAACGGUGUUUUACGUUUAUGGCGUGUUGCUCGUCCUUGUCAUCGCUGGCCUUUUUGGUGCCAUCAUGACGUGUGUUGACCGCCGCUUUCGCAGCAACCUCGCAGCGCCAUGCAGGGACCUGGGCGAAUGCUGCCACCGCAGCAACAUUGUGUGUGGCUGUGACUGCCAUCCGGAGCCCUGCUGCUGCUCCUGCACCAGCUGUUGCCACCCUGGCAUGUGCACUGGUCAGGGAGUGCUCGUUUGCCUGGUGACAACUGGCGCGAUCCUAUUGGUCGUGCUGGCUUUGGUGGGGGUGUUUUACUGCUUGUUGGUCUCAAUUCUGGGUGUGCAGCGGCUUUGCCAGCGGCACUACCACAUCAUUGCUAAGAGGAUCCUAACUCAGGAAUAUAUCGUGGAGGAUUUGGCUGGAAUGUCCCUCCCUCCUGAUUGGUCGCCACCACUGCUGCUGCUGGAACACGAGAGGCAGCUCAGGGAUUUGCGGCUUCUGUGA